CCAGCACUGAUUUCUGUCUCGUUCCUCAGUCGCAGCUCAGCCACGGGCCGCCGGACGUCCACGGAUUUACACUCCGAACCCUGUGGAAUACUCAAAACAAGCCUGAGCACUUCUUUGGAUUUUUUUUUUUCUUCCCCUUUUUUUACUUCAUCUCUUCUCUUCUUUUUAUAUAUAUCCCGGUUGGAAACUAUGAAGCUGUGCGUGGUGGCCGUUCUCGCCCAUGUGCUCGUUACUCUGGCGAGCGGAGCAUCGAUAGACAGGUACGAGUCAGAAAAGCCUGCACAGACGACUGUGAUUCACCUGCUCCGCACCUCUGAGGAUCAGAACAACAGAAGGCCCACGGAGGAAAAGAAGCAAGAGGACCAUCGACCCGAGGAAGAGGAUUAUUUCUACGAUGAUGAUGAGCAGUAUGACUACGAUCUCUCAGGGGAUUUUGAGAUGCCUCAAGUCGCUUUCUCAAGCAAACCCAAAGACCCAACCACGGUGCUGAACGCAGAGAGGCGAGAAGGUGAAGCAAACCAGAGGAGAGCAAAAGAAGAAAAGAAAGGAAAGGGAAAAGGCAAAGGAAAGAAAAGAAAUCCUUGCCUGAGAAAAUUUAAGGAUUAUUGUAUCCAUGGAACUUGCCAGUAUGUGAGAAAAGUCGGCCCCUCGUGCAUAUGCAAUAAAGAUUACACGGGUGAGAGGUGUCACUUUUUCUCGCUGCCCAUAUCAACAAACAAAGAAGGAUACAGUCGGACGACUGCACUCGCCGUCGUGGCUGUCGUUCUGUCUUCACUCUGUCUGACCAUCAUCGGCCUCCUCUUAGCUCUCAGGUUUCACAAACGGGGCGCAUACGAAGUAGAAAACGAAGAGAAGGUCAAACUUGGCACGUCUACACAUCGCUAAAUCACAGGAGCUUAUGGGUGACUGUGAAGACCGUGAAAUUCUACCUCAAAAUAAACUAGACAAGAUGAAGGCCAAGAGAGAAAGAGAGAGAGAAGGGAAGAAGAGUGGACAGAAAGAGAAUGAGAGAUGGAUGGGUAGAGAAAGAGAUCACGGAGUCGUGACAAGAGGUCCAGCUUAAAUCUCUGCGAUGAGGACUUGUCCGGAUGUUCAGCAGGAACUCGGUGCUUGGCCCCGCCGAGCUGCAGUGCGAAAAAGAAGGACUGAGACAUGAGAAAUGCUUCGGACGCAAAUAUUUGCGUACUGUGGGUUCAGACAUGGACUGAUGAUUAGGCGACGUGGCUCUGAAAUGACCUGUUUUUACCUGUAAAAAUGUCUAUUUAUGUAUUUACAUUUGUUUAUGAGACCCUAGUGUUAAUUUAUUUAUUUAAAUAUUUAUUUGUACCAAAACUUUAGAUGCUCUGAUUUUACUGCUCAUGUGUUUGAAAUGUGGUUUAUAUAUAUAUAUAUAUAUAUAUAUAUAUAUAUAUAUAUAUAUAUAUAUAUAUAUAUAUAUAUAUAUAUACACACACACACAGAUAUAUAUGAAAUAUUGUAUUUAUUAAAAUUUCAGAAAUAAUACACAGAACACUCAAAAACUAGCCAAUGAAACAUUUCUCCCUCCAUUACAGUAUUAAAUACAUGUUUUGUAGCUUCACAUCAGAGUUUCUUGAAACAGCAUACAGUUUCCCAUCAGUUUUCUUCAACCAGGAAGCUUUCAGUGUUAAAAAAAAAAAAAAAAAAAUGUGAAUUAAAAAGCCUGAUAAAAAACUAAA